CGUUGCAGUACCCGCGCACUUCCUUAGCACUGAGCUCUCCACGUCCAGGAGUCAAGUGUGUGACUCUGUCGUUGUGUGUCAGCUGAAACAAAAGCUGCAGGUGUGUCGAGUCUCCACAGGGACACACAGCAGGAGUCCGAAGGAACCUCGUCUCAUAGAAAACAACAGGCAGGAAGAGAAUGGCGUCAGAAAUGUCCCCAGGUUCCCCAGAGCAGCUCAGAGAGGAUGGGACCCAGCUGGGGGACACAGGCAGUCCAGAGGCAGGGGUCCCAGCUGAGACCCACACUGAUCCAGACACCCAGAGACCCCCAGCAGAGUCGGCAGAGCGGGUCCAGGAGAAGGUGAAAGUGUGCCCGUUUUUCCUCAGGCAAAAGUGUCAUUUUGGAAACCGAUGUCGUCUGAGUCACAGUGAUCCGACACUGGAUGACUCAUUGGCUGUGUCUUCUGACCAGGAUGACACAUUGGAUGAAGAGAAGACAGAAAAACACAAGAAGGAGAAAAGAAAUGUGGACAAAGCCAAAAAGCCCGGAUACCAUGGAGACGAAAAAAACAAAAAGCCCCGCAUGCGAACUGCAGCUGACGUUAUCAACCGGAUCCAGUGGGACCCAUUGAUGGAUUCGUCACAAUUUGUGGUUGGUUACUUGGAUCGCUUCCUCGGCGUGCUCGAGCGCCCCUUCUGUGACUUCAACUGGAAAGUCAGCCCAUGCGACUGUGACUAUACUUAUGAGCUGGCCCUGCCCAGACACAGGAUCCAGUACUUCACCUACAGAGGGCUCCGCGUCUGGGACCGCCACACCAGACAGGACAGGGUGUUUGGCUCCACCGGUCAAUCUCUGGCUCCCCCCUUUGGAAAGGAGGAGGAAGUAAAGGAAACAAACCCAGACGUCCAAGAGCAACAAGACGGUCUAAAAACAACAGAGGAGCGGCCGCCUGCUGUCAGUGAGAAGGAGGAGAGUGACACAGGGGAGUGUGGUGACACGCAGAACACACAUCUGGAGGAAGAGAAGCAGAAUGAGAUGAAUAUUCACGUCCCUGACUCAACGGGAGCGGCUCCAACUUGGAGAGGAAACACGUCUCAGGAACAACUGGAAUCACAGGGAGCAUGUGUUGUGGAGGAGGCCGCAAAUAGACUCAACGAUCCAACAGACCAAAUGUCCCCAAAAGAGAAAGAGACUGUAAAAGAGGAGGCUGAGGAAGAGUCGGAAUGCAAAGAAAGCUGUGAGGGCAAGGAGGAUGCUUUGGGUGGUCUUGCAGCCCUGAACAUCAACAAGUCACCUCUGGAGCAGAGAAAGGAAAAGGAGACACAAGGUGUUCGCCCUCCUAGAAUAAAACCCACGCACUUCAUCACCUUCAGGGCCAACACUCCUGCCAUCCUCUCCUGUUUCCAGCUGCUGCAACAGGAGCUCACCUCUGUUCUGCCCUCGUCUGCCCCUCACUGGCAGUCGGCCUCCAGCCUUCACGUCACCCUGUGCCUCCUGGUGCUGAGCGGCCCAGCUGAAGUGGCCGCUGCCGGGGAGAUCCUCCGAAAGUUUGCCAGUUUCGAUCACAACCCCCUGGUGAACGUGAACUUUCCCGUGAAGCUGAAACACUUCAACGGGAAGGUGCUCUACCUGAGCCCCCAGCCUCAGCUGCCCCUGCAGCAGCUCAACAGCAGCCUGCAGGAAGCCUACAGGAAGGAGGGCUGGCUCCACAGGGACUCCAACAACCCGCGCUACCACCUGACUCUGGCCAAGGUAGAGGACAGAGAGGGGGAGAGGGUUUUUGAACGGGUGGGGGACCUGAAGGUGGGGAAGGGUUUGAACUUCGGUCGUCUGCCAAUCAACACCUUACACCUUUGUGUCGUGGACGGUUCCCAUGUAGAUGGUUUCUAUAGGAUCUUGUGCACAGUAAAUCUUCGAUGAUUCCACAUGGACACACAACAAACACGUAUGUUUGUAUGUGUCAUGUGAUCGUUGCACUGGCCCUGCUGCCUGACCAACCAAAUUUAAUACCUGUGUGUUUACAUUGUUUUACGUAUGCACUUUUAAAUAUAUUUGGGUAAAAAUCUGUGAGACAAUGGUAAACACCUUGUGUCCAGUUACGCCUGUAGUUGCGUUCUUGUUUCAACCUUCAGGUCCAGGAGGAAACCCAUGAUUUGAAUGUUUAAAUUUAGCAUCCAAUGAAAACUACUCUAAAUGAUGUAACAGCUUUAAAUCUUUAUACUUGACACGUUCAGUUGAGUUUCCACUUCCUUACAAUACAAAAAAAUAAAAAAAACUGCAUCAAGAAGAAUGUUAUUUUUCAGUUAUUGAUUCCAACUUUAGGCGACUUUGACAUUUGCCUGGACAUGUGCACCUGCCAUUAAGGCGUAUACAGGAAACACAAAUGAUUUAUGAAGGGAGGAGAUGAUUUUUUUUCUUAAGAGCCAUGAAUUUACUCAAGUAGUUGCAGCUCAUAAUUACACGACUCAUACAAUCUGUUUAAUAUGAAUAUUUCAUGGAUUUGUGUGAGUGAUGACUUUGUGCGAUUGUGCGAUGAAUUGCAACCACUCAGACGUGAAGACCAUUAAAUAUUGAAUUGGU